AUGACCACCAUUAUUCUUCAAGCUCUGGAAAUAACUGGACAGAGAGGCGUCAUCAACCGAGGCUGGGGUGGCCUUGUGGCAGAACCAAGUGAUUCUGUGUAUUUAGUGGACAAUUGCCCCCAUGAUUGGCUAUUCCAACGAUGCUCUGCUGUGGUGCAUCAUGGGGGUGUUGGGACAACUGCUGCUGGUCUGAAAGCUGCGCCAUUUUGGGGGGAGAGGGUGCAUGCAAGAGGAGUAGGUCCUGCACCCAUUCCAGCUGAUGAAUUCUCGCUUGAAAAGUUGGUCGAUGCCCUACGCUUCAUGUUAGACCCAAAGUCUAGCCGCUCGGCUAUGCUCCAUAAAUAG